UAUCGAGAUUUUUGAUUUUCAAACCAUUUGAAGUCCACUGGUUAGAGCUUAAAUUUCAUGUUACAAAACCUUAGAGCGUUUUACUUCAUUGAGCUUCAAAAGAAGAAAGAAGCUCUCUUCCAUUUUUACUUUGCUGGUAACAGAACUUUUAAACAUUAUUUUUUUGGUCCCCAUAUGUUUCAAAAUAUUAUUUCUUUGCCCCGUAUCUUUCAAUUUUUGAAGAUUAGGCUUUUCUCCACCACCUUUAAUAGACUCACGCUGCUUGAUUUAGUGUUUGCCUAUACACACUUUGUUCAUCUCAAUCAUGAAGACGAACACUGUCCAAAACUUCACACUAGUUUUGGUUUAUUUAUCCCAAAUGGGUAAAUGCGCACAAAGUGUUCGAUACAAUUCCCCAAUGGCAACUCUCAAAAUGUUGUUUUUUCCCCCACGCCUUGUCACGUGCCUCUCACGUGAUAGAAGCCACCGUCUUCUCUUCCUUUCUGUUACGUUCGUUGAUUUUCCCGCCUCUCUACUCUUUAACAACUCUCUCUCUCUGAAAAAAAGCGAAAAAAACAAAACUUGGAGAGCAAGAAACCGAAAGAAAGCCUCUUUGAGAAUCGUUGACUAUAAUGGAGUCUCCUCUCUUUAAAGACGACGAAGAAGCCGCGGAGCUCUUCCGUGACGCCAAAGAUCUAAUCGCUAAAGGAGACCACACCAAGGCCCUGGAGAUACUCGAAGAUUUGCUACUAUUCUAUUCACAAGAAGAAGGCCCAUCGCUUCUUCUUCACAAUGAACAAGCUAGAAUCUUCUCAAAGCUAUCACGAGCAACAGAGAACCCUAACUUGGCGUUCACGUACCUUUUGGCUUCCGUGUCAUGCCUUGCCGAAGACGUAAACCUCUCGCGGCUCUGCGCAGAAAGGCUCCACCAACUAGGUCAACACCUUGGAUCAGUGCUGUACUACAAGGAGUGCGUUCGCGUAGGGAGACAGAGUUUAUAUGUUUCUCGAGGCCUAGAAGAACAAAGGAGGAAAAAACUGGAGUUUAUGAUCAAAGAUGCAGAGUUCAGGAUACUUGAAUCCAAGACUGAGACUAUCAGAACCGAUGAGGCGAAGUUUGUUGAGACAAAGAGAAGUCUAGAGCCUGUUAAUAAAGGACUGAGGUUGUUUUGGAUUGGUUUGGAUGUUAAGAUCAAAAGGGAGUUGAUGAAAGUAAGCAUUGAGAAGCUUAGAGGCUUUGUACAUAACAGCGAGGGGUCACUAAAGGCUUUGGAGAAAGUUCUGGCUUAUGCUAAGGAACAUAAAAAAUGGAGGACAUGGGUGUGUCGAACUAUAUGUUUAGCGGAUUUCACUAGUGCUGAAGAAUGUAAAGCUCAUUUUGAGCAACAACAUGGUGCAGAUUUUAAGCCUGAGUCGGAGAAGGAUGUGGUCAUGAGGAUAGGGAAAAACUGGGGUCAUAAGAUUAAGGGUGGAGGUUGGGAGGCGGUGGAUACAGUAGCUGCGGUUGAAAUGAUCAAGACUCAGCUGGAAGAUGUGAAAGCGUUUACAACGGAAUCUAGGAAGAAGGGGUGGUCCAACGUAUGGCCUUUGGUCGAGGAUGAAAAGCGGAGUGGUUUGCUCAAGGAAGUUAAACUACUCCUUGUGUCGCUCUAUGAGCAUCAGAUUCUCUCCUGCAGCAUUCGAGACUGGGUGAUGCGUUUUCCGGUUAAGCAUCUUAGGAAACUUGAGGUUUCAGAAGAGAGUAUUAGCGAUUGUCACAUAGUGGAAACGCCACAGAGCGUAUGUUUUCUUGAACGUUAUGAGCUCAGUCAGAUCCGAGCCUUUCUAAUAACCAUCAAGUGUGAAAGGCAUGAUGGUAGAGAACAAGUUUGCAGAGGAGUGGACAGUGUGUUGGAUCGUAUUCGAAUUAAAGAAAGUGUUGAACUUGACGAGCAGUUUUCGUUGCUGCUUCUGGAUAAAAGACUGUUGAAAAGCAAUAGUGCUGCCCCAUUUGAUGGUUGUGUUGAUGAUGGGAAAAUCAAAUUGAUUAAAGAUCCUGAUGUUCACUACGCCAAGGCACAAGCUCAGGGAGGUGAUAUGAUAUCCUGGCUAGGUGACUGCUCUUCAGUGGAUAAGAGCUUUCCAAAACCUAUCAGGGAACACAAUCUUGAAACCUGGGUGGCUGUUCUGAGAGCUGUUCAGUACACAUGUAAAACGUUGGGAAACAACUAUAAAAAGAAGGAGCAUGUCUUGGAGUAUGAAGCAGCUCUUACUUUCGUGGAGAACUUGUGUAUGCUUGAAGACAAAAGAAGAGAGAAUGUUCAGGACGAUCGAAGGAAGAAGAGCUAUGCAUCUCUUCUCUGUGAUAGAUGUGAAGAGAGAGUCCCAAAAGAAAAAAACUCCCUCACAGCAAGAUUGUUCUUGUGUGCAGUACGAGAUGUUUUCGAGGGAGGAUGGGAUCCGACAUUUGACUUAGAAGAUUGCAUGAGUCGUGUACGUGAGGGUAAAGGUCUCGAAGAUGAGAUAGUGUUGAAGUACAUAGAACUUCUGAAAUCGGCUGUCACAGAAAAGGUUCUGCGGAUCGAUGCAAAGAUACUGCUGAUUGAUAAUUCAAGGAUUAGAUUGUUAGACAAGCUCACAAGGCUUUCUGCUUUUGACAACCGCUCUCACAUGCUGCAACUGCUAAAACCUUUCUUGCUGAAUGAGAUUUUAAAUAUGGAAUCAAAAGCCAAGUCAGAUGCAGCAGAAGCUGAUCUUUUACUCGAAGAGGAGAAGAAGUCACUCAAAGAGGCAAAAAAGAAGAAGACAAGUAAAAGCAUUAAGAUAACUUCAACGAGUGUGGCUAGUCCUGUUGAACAAAAACCUUCAAUCGACCAUGAACCGGGAGGUACAUCUCAAUUACCAAAAACGAUGGAAGAAGAUUCCAUCGCCAUGAAACCAGAAGAUACUCUAGGAAGUGAAAAGGGUCCAUUGGAAAUUUCAUCCACCAAUGACAUUCAAGAGGGAGCUACUAAAGUUAACACUGAUAUGAAAAACAUGCCUGGAGAAGAUUCACUGUCGAAACAUUUGGAGCCAGUCCUUGAAGGAGCUGCAGCCAGAUACAAUUCAGCUCUUGACAUGACGCUAAAGGCCCUUCUGAGCAUAAACGUUCUUAGAGAACAAGUUCUAAAGUACAAUAAGCAACCAGUUCAUGACAACCUGGAAGAACAAGUUCUAUGUGCGCUACAAAUUUUAUUUACCUCUGUCGUGUCAGAGGAAAUAAAAACUGAGGGAGUCUACAGUCUCAUCUUGAGAGACUUACUCGUGUCCUUAGAAGCAGUUGAUUCCAUGUCGAGUGGUGCUGCUGAGGUACUUGUAACCAUCCUUGAGUCUUGGCAUUGCUGGAAAAACUCAGAAGGAGAAAGCUUGGUGACUCGCCUUUUCACGUUGGAGGAAAAUGAAAGAAUGAGUUGUAGAAAAUGCGGAAGGAAGCCAAAUUAUCCAGAGCAGAGUUCUUAUGGCAUUGUUACGGCUGCAGAUUCAAUCAGAAACGUGAAUUGUGCUUUUGGGGAUAUAAAGUUUGUGGAUAUCAUUAAGGUGACCCGCAUGGAAUAUAAAAUGUUAUGUGACAUUAAAACUGGAGGUUGUGGAACGACAAACUUUGUUCAUCAUGUUAUAAGUAGAUGCCCACCUAUCUUCACAAUCGUGUUAGAAUGGGAGAAGAGUGAAACUGAAAAGGAAAUUUCUGAAACAACAAAAGCUCUGGAGUGGGAGAUAGAUAUCAGCAGGCUGUACGAAGGCUUAGAACCAAACACUAACUACCGUCUUGUGUCAAUGGUUGGUUAUGGUGAAGAAGACGAAGAACACAUCUGCAUGGUUUAUGAAAAGAACCGGUGGGUCAAUCUCAGACGUGAGUCUUUAGCAGGAGAGGUUGUUGGUAGCUGGAAAAGUGUGGUUAGAUUCUGUGGAGAAAGGAAGAUUCGGCCAGAGAUUCUGUUCUUUGAAGCUGUCCUAUAUGUGAGGACCUAACAAGUGUAUCAACAUGGUGAAACCCAGCAUCGAUGUAUAAAACAUUGAGAAUUUGGCUCUGACGUUAUGUACUUAGAGACUCAUAUCUUGAAUCAAGUUUGAUAGUCAUGUGAAACUUGAUCUUCUCAAGAGACACCAAUGUGCAAGUAAUGACAUGAUAAAAGAGUACAUGUACAGUUUUUAAGCUGA